GUGUCUUCCUGUCUGGGAGAACAGGACGUCUCUGACUAGGCCUGAAGUCCCCCACACUCUCAGGAUGGCUGUAGGACCCAGAUGCAAUCUUCAAUGUGGACUCUACCUGCUGCUGCUUCUCCUGGCCCUACCGCUCAGGAGCCAGGCCAGCGCUGGCUGCUAUGGGAUCCCAGGGAUGCCAGGCAUGCCAGGGGCCCCUGGGAAGGACGGGCAUGAUGGACUCCAGGGGCCCAAGGGUGAGCCAGGAAUCCCAGCUAUCCCUGGGACCCGAGGACCCAAGGGUCAGAAGGGCGAGCCUGGCAUGCCUGGCUUUCGUGGGAAAAAUGGCCCCAUGGGGACCUCUGGGUUGCCAGGGAAUCCAGGCCCCAGGGGGCCCCCCGGGGAGCCGGGUGAGGAGGGUCGAUACAAACAGAAGCACCAGUCGGUGUUCACGGUCACCCGGCAGACGGCCCAGUACCCGACGGCCAACAGCCCCGUCAAGUUCAACUCGGUGGUCACCAACCCUCAGGGGGAUUACAACACGAACACAGGGAAGUUCACCUGCCAAGUGCCCGGCCUCUACUACUUCGUCUACCACACGUCGCACACGGCCAACCUGUGCGUGCACCUGCACCACAACCAGUCCAGGGUGACCAGCUUCUGCGACCACAUGUCCAACAGCAAGCAGGUCAGCUCCGGAGGGGUCCUCCUGCAGCUGCAGAGGAACGACGAGGUGUGGCUGGCAGUCAGUGACUACAAUGGCAUGGUGGGCAUGGAAGGCUCCGACAGCGUCUUCUCUGGUUUCCUAUUGUUUCCCGACUAAAAUGGCAGGCUGCUUCCAGCCACCCACCUCGCUUCCUCUGCUGCCCCCAUCCUCACUCAGACCUCUUCCUCCAGGAAGUCCACCCUGGUUCCUGAUCCAUCCUCAGAGUUUCUCUGGGAACCCCUACUGGUACCAUUCCUGUGGCCGUUUAUCGAUACCUUAUGGGACUAUUUUUUUGUUGUUGUUGUUCAGGUGGGGAGAUAGAAAAAUAAACAGAUCACUUAA